GUUCGUUUGUACAUAAGAUAAUAAAUCAUUAUUAUAAUCUAUAACUUGUGAUAUUGUUUUUUCUUUAGAACUGCAAAAUAUAUUAAACUUGUGUUAUUAUUGAAGGGGGAUCAAGUUUGUUGACUUGGCACUAAAAGGUAGGCCAAUGGAAGGUGGUGGGUGAGUUGGUGAAGUCUCGAUUUAUAAAUACUCCAUUCCAUCUCUUCAAACUUCCACACCCCUUCCCUCAUUCAAUCUCUCUUUCCUCUCACACACACAAACACACCAAUCACAAUGUCUCCGGCAUCUGCCCAAGUAAUCUGUGUCACCGGCGCCGGCGGAUUCAUCGCCUCAUGGAUGGUCAAAUUGCUCUUGGAGAAAGGUUAUAUUGUCAGAGGAACUGUUAGGAAUCCAGAUGAUGCGAAGAAUAAUCAUUUGAGAGAGCUUGAAGGAGCGAAGGAGAGAUUAACUUUAUUUAAAGCUGAUCUUCUCGAUUUUGAAAGCUUGCGUGAAGCCAUUAAUGGCUGUGAUGGUGUUUUCCACACUGCUUCUCCCGUCACCGAUGAUCCUGAACAAAUGGUGGAGCCGGCGGUUAUUGGAACAAGGAAUAUAAUAGUGGCGGCGGCUGAAGCUAAAGUCCGGCGAGUGGUGUUCACGUCGUCGAUCGGAGCAGUGUACAUGGAUCCUAAUCGGAGUCCUGAUGAUAUUGUUGAUGAAAGCUGCUGGAGUGAUCUCGAAUUCUGCAAAAACACCAAGAACUGGUAUUGCUAUGGAAAGGCGGUAGCAGAGCAGGCAGCAUGGGACGAAGCUAAGGCUCGAGGUGUUGACUUAGUAGCAUUGAACCCAGUGUUGGUAUUGGGACCACUAUUGCAACCCACAGUCAACGCCAGUAUUAUUCAUAUCCUAAAGUACCUCACUGGUUCUGCAAAGACAUAUGCUAAUUCAGUACAAGCAUAUGUACAUGUACGAGAUGUCGCGUUGGCUCACAUUUUACUCUUUGAGACCCCCUCGGCUAAUGGUCGAUAUCUAUGUGCUGAAAGUGUUCUUCAUCGUGGUGAAGUUGUCGAAAUUUUGGCCAAGUUUUUCCCGGAAUACCCCAUUCCCACUAAAUGUUCUGAUGAGAUAAAGCCAAGGGCAAAACCAUACAAAUUCUCAAACCAAAAGCUGAAAGAUUUGGGUUUAGAGUUUACGCCGGUGAAACAGGCGUUAUACGACACCGUUAAGAGCUUACAGGAAAAAGGUCACCUCCCACUGCAACCAACUCCCACCGAGGAUCAAAUCCGUAUCCAGUCAUAAUAGUAUAGCUUUUAAGUUUUAAUUGCAAUUUACAAAAAUCUCCCUAAGCAAGCAAAAUAUUCACAUGUCAUUGUUUACUUAUGUUUUAUCUGUAACACAUCCUCCGUUGUCAUGUAAAGUGAAACGCGCGAGGAGUUAUAAAGUUAAAUAUGAAUAUGGAAUUAAGUUUGUAAUCAUAAUAUAAUAGCCUGUGAUUAAUUUAUUUAUAUCGAACAUGUUAGAGGUGUAACAAAGUCAAGUUGCAUCAUCAUCUUGAUCUUGGUUAUGAUUAUGAUGAGUGUUUCUAGUAUGAGGAAGUUGCAUGCUAGCUAUGUCUUCUCUUGGUUGACCAUAUGAAGAAGCAGAAGCACUACGUUGUUCGGGAGUUUUAAGUGCAAGAAGAUGUGAUGACUCUCUGUUUUUACGCACCACUAAAUACCCAAUUCCAGCUAAAUAAAUUAAAAGACCUGAAAACCCUAAAAACCCACUGAAGAUUUUCCCCACUAGUGGUAGGUGUCCAUGAACAAGUAACGAAAUGAGAUGAUCCACUAGAAAGUAAAUGUUUAUUCC